AUGGGGGAAUCACAGAGUAGCCAGGAUGCUUCCAGGUUCAGAGCUUUGGGCAACGGUGUCUCCGGUGCUGGGCAGGGGAGUGCUGACAGGGGGCUCCACAAUGGGAGCAUUGCUUCUCAGGCUGCCUGGGCUUAUCCGAAUGGUGGGAGAUCAUUGGUUUCUGAGUUUGGGCUGUAUGACACGUCGAGCGUUGGAAGCAAUCAGCAUUUUGGUUUUUCUCACAGUGUCAGUGGUAAUCUGUAUGAUGAGCAGUCCUUGGCGUUUGCUUUUGAGGGCAUGAGUUUCAAUUCCCGCACAACUGAUGUGCCUACCAGUCAUCACAAUGCGCCGCUGACAAAUGGACACUAUCCAUCUGGACGUGUGGAUGGCACUCUGAACCAGCAGCAUGCACCUGCCACACUCCAAGAUGAUUCUCUGGGUCUACAGUUCAGUGUGCAACAUGCUAUGAAGCACACUGAUGUUGAACACCAAGAACAAUCUGACAGAUUUCCACCACAACUGGGGAAAUUUUCAAGAAGCUCUGGGCUGCACAGCUUUGAUAGCAAUCUGGGUGUUCCUUGCCACCCAUCAGCUGCUGCUUCACCCUUCCAACAAAUGUGGCAAUCUCAAAUGUACACACCCCAUGAUCAGAAUAUUGGCUCAAACUUCAUGUGGCAGCAAAAUAUGGGACCAUCCUCAUCAUACAUUGGAACACCAAAUGUUCAUUGGCUGGAAAAUGGGUAUUCUUACCUAAACGGUGCUGCUUUUCAGAAAAGAAGAAAUAGCGGCGGUCUGAAUAAUACAUUUGCAGACAGCUUCCCAAGUACAUCUUACACUGGCAGUUCAUGUGGCAGUGGCGAUUUUCGCCAUUUUCAACGGGCUGAAAAGGUUUUCAAUCCAUAUGGACCGCAUCACCAGCAAGCUGAUAACCUCGCUCAUCCAUAUGGCUUAGGUUUCUCACACCAUCAGAUAUCUGAUAAACUCAACACAGCAAGUUACCCAGAAAGGAUGCUAAUGAGGCCCGACGUUGGUAAUUCAGUAAAAGAUUUUGAUUUAUCUCCCUAUGCUCACUUGCUGAACUCACCGUUCUUGUCCUCCAAAUCUGAUACAUAUAAAUCUAUUGACGAAGUGAUGGGAAGCGUAUGCAUCCUGUCAAAGGAUCAAGAUGCCUGUCGCUUUCUGCAAAAAGUAUUAACAGAAGGCACUCAAGAGGACAUUGAUAAAAUAUUUUCUGAAAUAAUUGACAAUGUUGGUGACCUUAUGGUGGAUCCAACUGCUCACUAUUUGGUGCAGAAGAUUCUUGAAGUGUGCACCAAUGACCAAAGGACAUGCAUCAUUCGUGAAAUCACAAAAGCACCCAUAACGCUUCAUAAAGCUUCUUGCAAUAUGCAUGGGACUCGUGUAGUGCAGAAGGUUAUAGACACCAUGAAUACCUCUGACCAAGUGUCAAUGGUGGUGUCCACCUUAAAUGCUGGAAUAAUGCGUUUAAUGACUGAUUCUUAUGGGAGUCAUGUUGCGCUCCAUUGCCUGCAGAAAUUGUUACCUGAGCACAAGGCAUUCCUUAUUGAGGCUGCUGCAUCACGCUAUCUUCAACUAGCAAGAGAUCGUCAUGGCUGUUGUGUCCUCCAGAAAUGUAUUGAGUAUUCAAGUGAUGAACAGAGAAACAACUUGUUGUGCAAGAUUACAUCCAGUGCCCUUGCACUUUCAGAAGAUCAGUAUGGGAACUAUGUUAUUCAGUUUAUUCUGGCCCUCAAUAUUGAAUGGGCAACAACCAGAAUAGUGGAUGAGCUGGCAGGUCACUUUGGAAAUCUAUCCAUGCAGAAGUGUGGUUCCCAUGUUGUGGAGCAUUGCCUGAAGCUAGCACCACGGCUGAUCUGUGAUAGGAUCAUCAACGAACUCAUGCAUGAUCCUAAAUUGCUGCAUAUCAUUCUUGAUCAGUAUGGGAACUUUGUGAUUCAGACAGCACUUAAACAGUGCCAGGGUGAACAGCAUGCUGCUUUUGUUGAAACUAUCAGACCGCACACUGCUGUACUGCAAAGUAAUAUGUAUGGGAAGAGGGUUCUCUCAAGGACAUGCUUGAAGAACAAGCACUGCCGAUUUGGCUUCUAUUAA